GAUCCGGAAUCGACUCCGAACGGGUUGAAAAAUUCCAGGAAUUUUUCGGGGAGUAAUCCGACCGAAUAUGUCGGCCCCGUGUCUCAUCACCCGGCCGCCCUAUUGUGGACCUAGCCGAACCCAUAAUGGACUUGCUAAAAGAGGCCUUCUUAGUGCCCACAGGGCGGAAAGAGUUACAAAAAAAAUCUCGACUAUUAGGACUCAAUUGUUCAGCGACAUUUGUUUUGCUUUACGAAAAAUAUAUAUAUAUUUGUUUUUAAAAGUAAUUUAAUCUAAUUUGUUUAUUAAGUAAAAUAUUAGUGUAUGUAAUUAUAAAUUUGAAAACAAGAUUAUUUGUAUAAUUGGCAACACUGUAACACUUAAUUUGUUGACAGCGUAUUUCACAUCGUAUUUCAACACGUGGUCUGUAACUUUUAACAUGGAAGUUAUAGUCGGAACUUAUGAGCACUAUCUGUUAGGCUAUAAAUUAAUAAAAGAAAAACAGGAUUAUAAAUUACAACAAACAUUUGCUUGUCAAGCACAUAUUGGACCUAUUCGUUGUAUAGCAACUUCGCAUAAAUUUUUAGUUUCGGGAGGUAUUGAUGAAACUAUUCAGAUAUUCAAUUUAAAAACAAAAAAGGAAAUUGGAAACAUAGUUCAACAUAGUGGAACAAUUACCUGCUUGAGUUUUUUCAAGGAUUCUCAUUUAUUCAGUAGUAGUGAAGAUGGGACAAUAUGUGUCUGGUCUUCUUCAAAUUGGAAAUGUCUUAAGACAUUAAAGGGACAUAAAGAUAAAGUGUUCCAUGUUUCAGUUCAUCCUUCAGGAAAACUCAUUCUUUCUGUAUCAAAGGAUAAGACAUUACGAACAUGGAACCUCAUCAAGGGUCGUUCUGCUUACAUAACGAAUAUUAAAGCUGUUGCAGAUAUUGUAAAGUGGUCACCAAUGGGUAAAUAUUUUGUUGUCGUAAUUGGAUCAAGGUUUGAUGUUUAUAGCACUAAGAUUGCUGGAAUUAUUUACUCAUUUGAUUUUAAGAAGAAAAUCCUAUGUUUAACAUUUCUAAAUGAAGAACCAAAACUUAUUUCAAGUGUAAAUACUACUUGUAGACUAACUUGUUUAACAGUGUGGGAUUCAGAAUUAAACUGUGGUGAUGACAGUAAUAAUAAUGACAAUGGUGGUGGUGAUGACGAUGAUGAUGAUGAUUCUACUUAUCUUAAAAAGUCACAGUUCUCUGAAUCAGGAACUUUAGAAUCUGAUUCAACUGGUGAACCACCAAAAAAGAAAAGAAAAUCAAAGUUAAAAAAGAAAUAAAAGUUUUG